GCACCGCGGUUUGAGAGCGCCAGGGACUUGGUGCCCUUGCAAGGCCUGGAUUGGAGGGGCCCGGAUGGCCAGGUGGCCAACAACGAGUUUCUCAAGAAGGUCAGUCGCGGCGGGGGGCGCACGAACCAUUGGAGACCCAACCGCGUCCUCGCCGUGAUCGAGG